AUUGCCAUUGCCAUUUAAUUGCCACUUGCCAGUUUAUCGAAAUACGAGCGCGUAUCGGUUAGCCCUAGCUUAUUGCGACGAAAACGGAUUUAUGCCUUGGGUCUUGUCAUAGUGUAUCAAAAGUGAGUGAUAUUAUUAAAGACAGAGUUUGUUUGUGUAAUUUAUUUUCGUGUGAUAAUGGAAGCGACACCUACGCCGUCGCCCGCGUGAUUCCCGAGACUCUAGUGCAGUAAUUCCUGGAACAGUCACAAUCUUCAAUCAACCACAAUGAAAAUGGUUUUGUCGCAACGUCAAAGAGACGAGCUGAACAAAGCUAUCGCCGACUACUUGGGCAGCAAUGGGUACACUGACGCGCUUGAAGCAUUCAAGAAGGAGGCUGAGAUGAGCGGCGAGAUGGACCGCAAGUUUGGUGGACUACUCGAGAAGAAGUGGACCUCGGUCAUCAGGCUGCAGAAGAAGGUGAUGGAGUUGGAGGCUAAACUCUCGGAUGCCCAGAAAGAGUUCAUGGAAGGCGCCCCGACACGCGCUAAACGCACGCCCAGCGAAUGGAUUCCACGGCCGCCCGAAAAGUUCUGUCUCGAAGGCCACCGUGCUACCAUUACUAAGGUAAUAUUUCACCCAGUGUUCAGUGUACUGGUCUCAUCAAGCGAGGAUGCAACCAUAAAGGUGUGGGACUUCGAGAGUGGUGAUUUUGAACGAACCCUGAAAGGACACACAGAUUCCGUUCAGGAUGUUGCGUUUGAUCAUCAUGGGAAGCUGCUUGUGUCAUGCAGUGCGGACAUGUCUAUCAAGCUGUGGGACUUCAACCAGACGUACGAGUGUAUCAAGACAAUGCACGGACACGAUCACAAUGUGUCAUCCGUCGCGUUCUCGCCCAGUGGUGAUAUUAUAUACUCGGCAAGCCGGGAUAAAACUAUAAAGGCUUGGGAAGUUGCCACUGGGUACUGCGUGAAGACGUACAAGGGUCACCGCGAGUGGGUACGCAUGGUGCGCGUGUCGUGGGACGGCGCGCUGCUGGCGUCGUGCUCCAACGACCAGACCGUGAGGAUCUGGAACGCGGAGACCAACGAGUGCAAGAUGGAGCUCCGCGAGCACGAGCACGUGGUGGAGUGCGUGUCGUGGGCGCCCGAGGCCGCGGCCGCCGCCAUCAACGAGGCGGCCGGCGCCGACAACCGCCGCGCCGCACACGCCGGGCCCUUCGUGGCCACCUGCUCCCGGGACAAGUUCGUCAAGAUCUGGGACGUGAGCACGGGCGCGUGCCUGGUGACGCUGGCGGGCCACGACAACUGGGUGCGCGGCGCGGCGUGGCACCCGGGCGGCCGCUACCUGCUCACGGCCGCCGACGACAAGAGCCUGCGCGUGUGGGACGUGGCCCGCGCGCGCUGCCACAAGGUGCUGGCCGCGCACCAGCACUUCGCGACCAGCGUCGAUUUCCAUAAGAACUUGCCAUAUGUGAUAUCGGGCAGUGUAGAUGGCACUAUCAAGGUCUGGGAGUGUCGCUAAGAGCGUUGCCAUUUUAGUUACUUAAACUCACCGAUGACGAUAUUUUUAUCAUUUUACUUUCACAUUUAAUGCGAAAUCGCCUUGGUACAUAUUGUUAUUCGUUCCAAUUUAAACGUGAAAUUAUUUCUACGAAAAAAAAAAUUUUUUGAUAGUUUAUUUAUAUUGUUUUUCCUCUGUUCGUUUUGACCCGGUUCGGUGUAUUGACGAUCCUUCGUCCGUCUUUCAUGAACAUUGUUCCCUUUUUGAUUUAUAAUAUUAUUUAUUAAUCACAUUCCACAGUCGGCUGUAUUGUACAAUAUUAGUUCAUUUCAGUGUUCAUAAUAACAUGUAACGUAGAGUCCGUACAGACCCGUUUGGAACAAUAAAGUGAGGAGUUAAAAGCUGUGUUAUAAUUUAACAUUUCAUUAUUCUGUUUUAUUUUAUAGUUAUAUUUUAUAAGAUUGUUUAGAUGUAAUAUUUCGGUUCGUUUUUAUUAUUACGUGUGUGUCUCUUGAAGGUGUACCUUGUUUAUUGAUAUUUAGUUUAAAUUUGAUAACAGAUGGUUUUUCAUGACAAUCACAUUAGAAAACAUGAUCACUGUAAAUAACUAAUCGUUUCGCCUUCGCUUUAUAUGAUUGUCAUUGUGUUUGUUUGCUUGAACCAACAACAUUAAAUGAGAAUCUAUGGAGAGACUAUUCUCAAGCGGUACUUAUAAGAGGUCACAUCAAGAUUGUCGGAUAUAGAUGAGACACGUCAUUGUAUCUAAUGAUUAUCGAAACUUAUUUUAAGUUUUGUCAACUCAAAACUUUAACUAUAAGUUAGAGUAUAUUUUAUUUUUUUUUACUAUUUAUUUAUAUGUUCAAUAUUUUAAUUAAUGUCUCAAACGAAAUCUAUUGUAGCACAUAAAAUUGCAUGUAAGUGAUUUUUUACGCAACGUCCUAUGUUUUACGAUAGCCUUAAUAAAUGUGUCUAGUUGUGUUGAAUUAUUAUAAUAAGUUCUACGUAAAGUGAUGCGCGUGAUAAAUUUUGAUGGUUAUUGCGAUAAUUUUUGUAUCAAGUGUCGAGGUAGCUAAAUCGAUAUGAUAAUAAUAUUACUGAUGAAUGUUUGCAAAUUUAGUUAUUUAUUUACCUUUGUGGAAUUUGGUUGGCUGUUUUUUAGAAUAUUUAGGGGUCUAGUAUAGAGAGUACUAUAAUGAUAGGGGCUACACAGCACUUAGCACUUUGAAAAGAACAUGAGACGGAAGAAUAUUUCAAAACUUAUUCAAGUAUACAUGAUAAUAAUUCCCAAAAUCACUGCUUAUAGCUGGACAUGAUUCUGAAUAUUUGUAAAUUAAUAGAACUGAAUAUCUGGAGUGCUAAUAGAUAUUGUUGUAUUCAUUAUACCUUGUCGUGCUGCAUGGUAUUUGCUUAACAAUUUAGAGUAGUAAGGUGUCUUAAAGGAGAUUAUAAGAAAGGUAGUGGAUGUUGAACGCCAUACGCCCGCGCCGCAGUCAACGUUCCAGGGAUACUCAAGUUGUUUUGUUUGUUAUAAUCUAGAUGUUAGUGUUAGCUAAUUUAACAACUACCCACAUUUCAUUCUAUUAACACUUAUAAAAAACAAAUUGUGAUCUACCAAUAUAAUCUCCUUGAGAAAAUUUUAACGCUUGCAAAUUAUAUUGUAUGCCUUAAUAAGUAUUUGUAUUAAACUUUUUCAUGGAAAUAGUAUUAAAUUAAUGUUUUGAAAUUGCUUAAUCAUUUAUAUGUAGAAUGAAACAGUUACUAGUAACCAAUAAUAUGAAUUCAGUUCAAUUCGAUUUGAAAGGUUCGCCUGUAUAACCACUGUAUUUUAUCUAGAUGAUAAUUAACUACCAAAAUUUAAUAGAAUUUGAUCUAAUAUUUUCUGUAAAUAAAUCAAAUAAUAUGUAAUUUA